GGCGUGUGCGUUGCCUUUGUGUGUGUCUUUUGCAGUCGCUCUGCACCAAAGCGGCUUCUUCUCCUUCUUCCCUCGGAUUCGACGCGUGGAUUGUUCUCGCGUGUGAGUUUCUCCCCCCCCACCCCCCCUGUUAUGCGACAGUGGACUACGGCGUUGCUUUUUGUUGGAUGCGUGGACGCAAAACGCGGCGUGGCAAGGGACGCCUGAUUGCGAAACAACCCCCGAGGAAGCUUCUGGAAAACUCAGCGACCGCCCGAACCCCUCGUCGUCAUCGCCAUGGAAACGGCUAGCCAGAGACGCAGCGGGCGCAGCGCCGUCUCGCCGGCCCGCAUCACCCGUCUUCAGGAGAAGGAGGACCUGUGCAACCUCAACGACCGGCUGGCCGUCUACAUCGACAAGGUGCGCUCGCUGGAGGCGGAGAACGCGGGCCUGCGUCUGCGCAUCACCGAGUCCGAGUCGCACGUCAGCCGAGACCUCAGCGGCCUGAAGGCGGCGUACGAGGCCGAGCUGGCCGACGCCCGCAAGACACUGGACCAGGUGGCCAGGGAGCGAGCCCGCCUGCAGCUGGAUCUCGGCAAGGUCAAGGAGGAAUACAAGGAGCUCAAAGCCAGGAACGGCAAGAAGGAGUCUGACCUGGAUGCGGCCCUGGCCCGCCUCCGGGAUCUGGAGGCUCUGCUCAACUCCAAAGACGCCACCCUCAGUACGGCGCUGGGGGAGAAGCGCACCCUCGAGGUCGAGGUCAAGGAUCUCAAGGCUCAGGUGGCCAAGUUGGACGGUGCCCUGGCAGACGCCCGUCGUCAGCUUCAAGAUGAGAUGCUUCGUCGUGUGGACGCUGAGAAUCGUCUGCAGACGGUAAAGGAGGAGCUGGAGUUCCAGAAGAACAUCUACAACGAGGAAAUCCGCGAGUCCAAGCGUCGCCACGAGUCUCGCAUGGUGGAGAUCGACAGCGGGCGGCAGCUGGAUUUUGAGAGCAAACUGACAGAGGCGCUGACCGAGUUGAGGGCUCAGCACGAGGAGCAGGUUGGACUGUACAAAGCAGAGCUGGAGAAGACGUACAACUCCAAGCUGGAGAACGCCCGGCAGUCGGCCGACAGGAACAGCCACUUGGUGGGCGCCGCGCACGAAGAGCUGCAGCAAACGCGCAUUCGAGUGGAGGGCUUGACGGCUCAGCUCAGCCAGCUGCAGAAGCAGCUGUCCCUGAGCGAGGCCAAGGUGCGCGAGCUGGAGGAGACUCAGAGCCGGGAGCGCGACGUGAUGCGGCACCGGCUGGAGGAGAAGGAGCGCGACAUGGCCGAAAUGCGACUACGCCUGCAGCAGCAGCUGGACGACUACCAGGAGCUCCUGGACAUCAAACUCACCCUCGACAUGGAGAUCAGCGCCUACAGGAAGCUGCUGGAGGGCGAGGAGGAGAGGUUGCAGCUGACCCCCAGCCCCCCGCCCAGCCGGGUGGUGGUGACGCGAACCUCUGGCUCGUCCCACAGCCACAGCCGCCUGCUUCACGCCACCCCGGCCGCCGCCUCCAGCAGCCGCACGUCGUCCGGCGCCGCCAAGAAGCGCCGGCUCAACGACGACGACAGCGACACCUCUAGCGUGAUGGCGGCCGGCGGCACCGUCACCAAGACGCGCAUCAUCCAGCACGCCGCCGCCAGCGGGCGCGUCACCGUGGACGAGGUGGACCAGGAUGGGAAGUAUGUGAAGCUUAGCAACAAGAGCGACGAGGACCAAUUACUAACCAGCUGGCAGUUGAAGAGACAAGUGGGGGGCGGCACCCCCGUCGUCUACAAGUUCCCCCACAAGUUCACCCUGAAGGCCGGAGCCACCGUCACCAUCUGGGCCGCAUCGGGCGGCGGUACCCACGCCCCCCCAUCAGACCUGGUGUGGAAGAGUCAGGACUCGUGGGGCACCGGCGACAUCCUGCAGACCGUCCUCAUCAGCGCUGCUGGAGAGGAAAUGGCCAGCAGGAAAGUAACCCGCACUCUCUUCCAGGAGGAUGAAGAUGACAUGGGAGCUCACAGCACCAGCGGCGAGAACGAGUACAACCUGCGCAGCCGCACCGUCAUCUGUGACUCGUGCGGCCAAACGUCAGAUCGCGGCCACGGCAGCGGCGGUCUGUCCGAAGGCAUCGUGGGACAUUCCUUUUUCAUGGCUGACAGUCAGCCCAGACAGAGUCGCGUCCAUCCUGAGAACUGCGUUGUCAUGUAAAAGCAGACUUGGCCCCGCCUCCUGUUGCACACUUCUUAGUGUCACUGCUGGGAUGUUUUUUUUUUGUUGGUUUUUUUCUUUUUCUUCCUUUAUUACCACAUAAUAGUUUUCUCUUUUUUUAUAUCCACUAUGGACUUCUCUGCUGCUUGGAAGUUGCCUGAAGGUCACAGGAGCUUUCCUGUGUGUAAUCGACUUCCUGUAUGUUACUGCAUGUGUGCUAAUGCUUGCGUGCGCGCACACGCGCGUGCUCAAUUUAGGCAAGUGCAUUGUCUGUGGCUCACCUUUAAUGCUGUCAAAAAUCAAUGCGCACAGAUUGUGAACGUCCAUAGACAUGCACACAUGCGCAUUAUUGAUAUUGUUAGCCUAAUAGCAUAAUUCCCAGUCAUUUUUAACUUUGUUGCAAUAUUUAAUAAAAUAUACUUGCUUAAAAAAAAGUAUUUUUUUCUUGUUUUCUGAUUAUGUUCAAAUAUGAAAUGGGCAACUAUGCUAUUAGCUAAUGACAGACAUGCAUAAAUACACAAAUAUAUAUUACACAAAAUGAAGCCAAUGUGGCUUGUUUUGUGAUGCUUUUGACUCAUAAUCCAGAAAAAAACUUUUCCUUUUUUAUUUUUUUAAAUUGCUCCUGAUAUAAAGGUUUUGUGAUCUCGGAAUUUGUUUAUUUUUAAAAAAAAAUUUUUUACAAGUCAUUUUUUCUUCACUUCCCAGCUUGCCUUUUUUCCUGAAUAUUUUUAAAAGCAAUUUAAAAAAAUAUAUAUUUUACUAACGCCAAAGCUGCGUGGUGACGGAGACUUUUACGGGUGUCCUCAUAUGUGCCUGGUGCCACAUGUUAGCAUAAUCAAUACUGUUGGCGUGCCUUUCUGAUUUUUCGCUGACUUAUUUUGCUUUUUUCCUGCAACUUGUCUUGAUGGAACAUUUUGUACUGUACUGUAUUCAAGCAGCUUCUUAGCCAAAGAAAGCAUAGCCAAGCGCUUAUUGGAAAAUACUUGAUGGCUGUAAUUUUGUAGUUUCAAGGAGUUUUUUUUUAAUUUGUUUUCGGUGCUAUUAUGCUCCCCAAAAGUGCCUUCCAGUCAUAUCUAUAUUGGACGUUUUGAAAUCUGCCAAAUGAAAUGCUUGCUGUUUGAGAGAUCGUGUUUGUCUUGAUCAAAGCCAUAUUAGUCAAUGUUGGAUUAUAUUUGUGCUUCUUUUCCAAAUAAAAUAAAAAAUGUG